UCCCCAAAUCGGCAUUAUUUUUCACACCAAUCUUUGAACAAAUACCAUUACCAAUGUUGUUAGCAUGCGGGUGCGUAUUAUAAAUACUAUUUUAGACUCAUGUCUUAAGAUGUGAAUAAACUUGCAAAGGUCGGCCAUGUCGCAAGAAAAAGAAGAUGAAGAAGUGGGGAAGCAAGCCAUCAGGUUAGCAAACGCCGCGAUUCUUCCCAUGGUCAUGAACUCAGCAAUGGAGCUCAACCUCAUAGAUAUAAUCUCCACCUCCCGUGAUGGCUCAUUUCUGUCACCUUCUGACAUCGCAAGUAGGCUCCCCACCAACAACCCUGACGCACCCGUCUUGCUUGACCGUAUGCUACGGCUCUUGGCCAGCUAUGAUAUACUUAAAUGCUCGGUGAGAACAGGUGAGAAUGGAGAAGUUGAGAGAUUGUUUAGUGCUGCACCCAUUUGCAAGUUCUUUGUUAAGAAUGAAGAUGGAGGGUCAGUUGGGCCUUUGUUUCGAUUGCAACACGACAAGGUCACCAUUCAGAGCUGCUAUCACCUAACCGAUACUGUCCUGGAAGGUGGAACCCCAUUCAAUAGGACACAUGGGAUGUCUGCAUUUGAAUACUCAGAGAAGGAUGGAAAGCAUGGGCAGUUAUUCAACAAAGCAAUGUCAAACAGCACUACCUUGAUCAUGAAGAAGAUGAUUGAUGUCUACAGAGGAUUUGAAAAUGAAAGGCUAAAAGUGUUAGUGGAUGUGGGUGGUGGAAUUGGAGCUAAUCUUGGUAUCAUUACUUCAAAGUAUCCUCACAUUAAGGGCAUUAAUUUUGAUUUGCCUCAUGUUGUAGCUCAUGCACCUCCAAAAUCAGGUGUUGAACACGUUGGUGGAGAUAUGUUCCUAAAUGUUCCAAAAGGCGAUGCCAUUUUCUUGAAGACGGUUCUACAUAAUUGGGGUGAUGAAGAUUGCUUGAAACUUCUCAAGAAUUGUUGUGAAGCUCUUCCAAACCAUGGGAAAGUAAUUGUUAUAGAAUUAAUUGUUCCAGAGACUCCUGAAAAUAAUGUUUCAUCAAACAUUGCCUGCGAGAAAGAUGUGUUAAUGAUGAUUGUCCACCCAGGAGGAAGAGAGAGGACACUUAAAGAGUUUCAGAAAUUAGCUAUGAAAUCUGGAUUUUGCAGGUGUGACGUCAUAUGUUGUGUUUACAAUAGUUACGUCUUGGAGUUCCAGAAAUGAACACGAGUAAUAAUGAAAACAGGUAAUAAAGGUUUGAAUUCAACAACCAAUAGAAAGAAGAAUUGUCUCCUUUGAUAAGCAAUAAAAAGGGCAUGCA